AUGCCUUCGUCCGAACACACCAUGACGAGUGCCACGCCUCAAGUCCAACGCCAGUAUUCCUCCGGCUCUUUGGACUCAUACAAUCCAGUCCUCGUUACUCCAGUCAUAGGUACUGAGUUCCCAAAGAACACAUGCAACAUCGUCGACGAUAUCCUCCACGCUGACGACGCGGACCGAAAGAUCAAAGACCUCGCCAUUCUAGGUACACACAACCCACCCCAAUAUCACCCGUGCAUCCCAAAGGAAGCUAUUCUAACAAAAGCAGUGGCCGAACGGGGAGUCGUCUUCUUCCGAGCCCAAGACAACCUGACCAACGACCUCCAAAAAGACCUCAUCCUCCGCAUGGGCGAACUGACGGGCCGUCCCGCCUCCCAUGGCCUCCACAUUCAUCCAGUGACCAACGACGCGCGCGAAUUCGGCGACCCAGACCCCCAAAUCAGCACGAUCAGCUCCGAGGGCCGGAAGAAGCUCUACAAGGGCUCCGUGUACACCACUCAAGCGGCUGUCUGGCACAGCGAUAUCUCAUUCGAGCAUGCGCCGGCUGACUUUUCCUCGCUUCGACUGACUCAACUUCCGGUGACUGGUGGAGAUACUCUCUGGGCGAGCGGCUAUGAGGUCUAUGAUCGGAUUAGCAAGCCGUAUCAGCGGUUUCUGGAGGGAUUGAGUGCCGAUCACAUAGGCGCGGGGUUUAGGGCUAUGGCAAAGUCGGAGAAGUUCAAUUUGUUUUUGGGCCCGAGAGGAGCGCCCGUUAAUGUAGGCGGGGAACUGGGGGCGACGCAUCCGGUGGUGAGGACGAAUCCGAUUACCGGGUGGAGGUCGAUUUUCCCGAUCGGUAGGUCUUGA